CCGCGGCGCCCUGCACAUAAACACUCGGUCCAGGAAAAGCCUGAAAUUGGGACACAGCUUUUAUGUUCAGAAAUCCUAAAUCAGACCUCAAACACGUGUGAAACCGGUCUGUGUGUUAUCCAACAUUUAAUGAAACGUUCCAGGCUGCUUUUUCCAGUCAGGCAGCUGUGUAGACAGUUUUAGGAGCUGUAGGGUCCUCACACUUUGUUGAAGCGGUGGACCCGACGGUGGUUUGUUUGCUAGGACCGUAACAUAAUUAAAUGGGGCUAAAACAAAGCCCGACUUGGUUCAUGGGCCCGUUAGAGUCUCGUCAUAUUUUUUAAUUUAAAACGACGUUUUGCAUCUUUAUAAAUUUGCGCCACCGGAGCCGGAAACAGUCCGGUAAGCUAACAUUAGCGGCCUGCCCAACGCUUCUUCUUCUGUGGUAAAUCAUGGAGUUGGCGUAUGUGUGUGAGUGGGAGAAGCGUCUGAAGAGUUCCCACUGUCCGUCGAUCCCGCUGGUCUGCUCCUGGUCCUGCAGGAACCUGGUGGCCUUCACCACCGACCUGAGGAACGAUGACGACGACAAGGAUGUCAGUCACAUGAUCCACAUCAUCGACACUGAGCACCCAUGGGACGUCUUCUCCAUCAACUCUGGGCACACGGAGGUGAUUUCUUGUCUGGAGUGGGACCAGUCAGGCUCCAGGCUGCUGUCUGCUGACGGUGAUGGUCAGAUCAGAUGUUGGUCCAUGUCGGAUCACCUGGUGAACAGCUGGGAGAGCGUCCUGUCCAGUUCUCUGGACGGAGACCCCAUCGUCGCUCUGAGCUGGCUCCACAACGGCGUGAAGCUGGCGCUGCACGUGGAGAUGUCGGGCUCCACCAACUUUGGCGAGAAGUUUUCUCGGGUGAAGUUCUCUCCGUCUCUGACGUUGUUCGGCGGAAAGCCGAUGGAGGGGUGGUUGGCGGUGACGGUGAGCGGCCUGGUCACCGUGUCGCUGCUGAAGCCGGGCGGUGCUCUGCUGACGGCGAGCGAGAGUCUUUGCCGGCUGAGAGGACGCGUGGCGUUGGCCGACAUCGCCUUCACCGGAGGAGGGAACAUCGUGGUGGCGGCUACUGAUGGCAGCAGUUCCUCCCCCGUCCAGUUCUAUAAGGUGGUGGUGAGUGUGGUGAACGAGAAGUGUCGUAUCGACACGGAACUGCUGCCGUCGCUGUUCCUGCGCUGCACCACCGACCCCAUGAGGAGGGAGAAGUACCCGGCCGUCACGCACCUCAAGUUCCUGACCCGGGAGAACUCCGAGCAGGUUCUGCUGUCUGCAUCCAAUCAGAACGGCAGUAUCGUGGAAUGUUGGUCUCUGAGGAAAGAAGGACUUCCUGUCAACAACAUCUUCCAGCAUCGCUCGCCAGUUGUUGGGGAGAAACAGCCAACCAUCCUGAAGUGGAGGAUCCUGACAACCACUGGAGACCUGGAACGGGUGUCGGCCGUCGCUCUGCCCAAACUGCCCAUCUCCAUUUCUAACACAGACCUGAAGGUGGCGUCAGACACCAAGUUCUGUCCUGGGCUUGGUCUGGCUCUGGCGUUCCAUGACGGCAGCAUCCAGAUCCUCCACCGCCUGUCCCUCCACACCAUGGGGGUCUUUUAUGGAUCCUCCUCCACCCAGCGACCUGGAGACGAGACCGCCAUCAAACGCCAAAGAACUGCCGUCCCCGCCCUCCACUUCAAGGCCUUGCAGUUCUCCUGGACCUCGCUGGCUCUGGCCGGAGUCGACAACCACGGCAAGCUCCACAUGCUGCGCGUGUCGCCCUCCAUGGGUCAGGUUCUGGAGAUGAACACGACGCUGCGCCACCUGCUGUUCUUGCUGGAGUACUGCAUGGUGACGGGCUAUGACUGGUGGGAUGUCCUGUUGCACGUGCAGCCCAACAUGGUCCACAACCUGGUGGAGAAGCUGCACGAGGAGUACAUGAGGCAGAACCAGGCGCUGCAACAGGUUCUGGCCACUCGUAUCGUGGCUGUCAAGGCAUCUCUCUGUAAACUCUCCACAGCAACGGCAGCCCGAGCGUGCGACUUUCAUGCCAAACUCCUGCUGAUCGCCAUCAGCUCCACCUUAAAGUCUCUGCUGAGGCCUCAUGUCCUCAACACGCCGGACAAGAGUCCCGGAGACCGUCUGUCCGAGAUCUGCACCAAGAACACAGACACAGAAAUUGAUAAGGUGAUGAUCAUUCUGAAGACAGAGGAGUUUGUGUUGGACGGGCCCCCCCUUCAGUCCCUGCAGCAGCUCAUCCAGUGGGUGGGGGACUUCGUCCUUUACCUGCUGGCCAAUCUGCCCAACCAGGGUUCCAUGGUUCGUCCUGGGUUUGGCUUCAUGAGGGACGGGGCGUCUCUGGGGAUGCUGAGGGAGAUGCUGGUGAUGAUAAGGAUCUGGGGACUCCUGAAGCCUGACUGCCUGCCCACCUUCACCGCCACAUCAGACAGCCAGGACAGCAUGCAGCUGCUGUUCAGACUUCUCACCAAGCUGUGGCUCUGCUCCCGGGAUGACGGCCCCCCCCAGGAGCCUGAUGAGAGCCUGAUCGAUGAGUGCUGUCUACUUCCCAGUCAGCUGCUGGUUCCCAGUAUGGACUGGCUCCCGGUGAAUGACGGCGUCAUCGUAAAGCUGCAGGGAAAACACCCACUCAGGCUUCAGUUCGGGAAAGCUGCUUCAUUACCAGGAGCAGGAAGCUCCGCCCCCCUGGAGGUGUUCACCAGGAGUCCUGGAUCUCAGAAAAUGGACAACCUGCGCUGUGUUCACAUGGGAGUUUCUCCCACUGAGGAGAGCAAAGCCUGCACCAGGUGCGGCUGCGUCACGAUGCUUCGUUCUCCCAACAAGACCAACGCCAUGAAGCAGUGGGAGCAGCGCUGGAUCAAGAACUGUCUCUGUGGAGGUCUGUGGAGGAGGAUCCCGUCCACUCUCACCUAAA